AUGUCGAAGAUCAAGGCCGGAGCCGACCCGGCUCUGGAUGAUCUCCUCUAUUUGGUGCACCAUGUCUUUUUACCGCCCAAGCUCCCCAACGGCGAUGAUGGCUCCCCCAAGAAGGAGGCCGCGAUGCUGUCGACCGCCCAUGAUGCACUCGUCGAAUUCAAGGAUCUUGUCUCGCAAGAUCAACGCGCUGCAGUGGCAUCUGUGGCCAGCAUGGUACAGGCAACGAUCAGUGUUCGGGCCCAAGGCACUGUCCAGCUCGAUGAGGGCGAGCUCAAUGCUGCCAUCCUGGGGAUGAUAAACGGAGAGCUAGGAACCGUGGCACUCCAUAUCGUUAAACAAAAUGCCGGGGUCAUAAUCACUAGAACUCCAGACAAGAUGCAACUCGACCUUUUUGAACUGAGCCCACGCAACAAAGACACGAUGGCCUCCGCUGGGAGGCUUCGGCGCUAUUUUCCAGGUGUUGCAAUCGCCAUGCGCAUGGACGACUUUCUGAGCAAAACUGACUUUGCCUCGUCUGUUUCAUCCAUGCUCUAUAAGCUUGUAUCUUCCACAACACCUGGUUCUCAGCCCAAAGUGAUGAAGGCAGGGCAAUCUCAUGUUGAGGAGCGCGACACCGCCAGCCCGCACCACGUCACCGAGUUUAUCACGGCUUUCCUAGACCGUGUGACAAAGCCGGUCAAGGACGCAGGGCUUUGGAAGAACACACGAGACGAGAUUAUGUGGAAUGAUGCCUUCAUGCCCUGGAGGCGUUCGCCACUAUGGCUGCUACUUCGUGUCUCUAUGCAGCUCGUUUGGUAUCGACAAUCGCCAGAUGAUGGACUGGUCAUGUACAAGGCCUUCAUGCUCUAUUUGUUUGCCCGGAUCCUACGUACGGCGGCGACAACUCGCCUGGACAGCGACUACCUGGAGGUCAUGCGGCUAAAAGUAGCUCGUCGACGGCUCAAGCUGACCAGCGUUCAAGGUUCUUUCUCGCAAUUCAAGCUGCCGGAAUCCAUCCUCCAGGCGCGUCAACAGCAAGUCUUUGCCUCUUUGACGCCGCCCAACAACCUCUUGCAGCUUGAGAAGCUUGACCUUGAGGAAGAUGUCCUUCACUCACUCCCCAUGCUAGACUCAUUCCUUGAGUCGAUAGAAGCCCGUGAACAACUCUCGACCCAGGGCACGUUCAAACAGAGUCCUCACCUAUCGGCUUUUCCGAGUGAUGCGUUGCCACGCGUCGCUAGGAUCACUAUGCCGCAGGAGUACGUUCUUUUCAACAUCUACUCGGUCGAAGCAUGGGUCGCAAGUCACCUCGAGGACUGGAUAGCCAAGCAUAUUGAUGAGGAAGACACCUGUUCCAAGCUUUCCACCCUUAUUUCUGAUUAUCAAUCCACAGCAAAUUCGGUUUAUCAGGGGAACCCAGAGGGUGUUUCGAUGACUAAUUUGACCAUCAUGGAGCUCUGGGUCGCUUGCGACAAGUCGGCCAUCCACCAAAACGCACUUCUGCGCGAGUAUUGGCCUCAAAUACCGGCGCGCCUGUUGCAGUAUGUGGUUUUGCCUUUCAGCCAAGACAUGGCCAGACUCGAAAAGGUUGAGCUGUACCUUCAGAAGAGGUCCCAAAAUGCCGACAUGACACUUCCUUACAUAUUCGAUUCUUUUGGCGAUCGAAACUCGUUCGCAGUGCGACAUUAUGCCCAGUCGCCAGCUCUACAUACUCUGCUCUCUCGGAUUGAGGAACAGGCGACUAGGCUUCAAGAGCAAAAGAAGCGACAGCUCUCCAACAUCAAGUCCAAAUACUCUUCGCUGAAGGCAACCUACGAAAAGAUGGUGUGCGAUGAAGGAACGGGAGUGAACCGUCGCGGCAGGUCAUACACGUACCACCCACGCUGGUGCAAUAAAUGCGCCACCUAUAACCAAAUGAACUCAUUGACGAUUGACGUUUACGAGUGGCCAUUACCACGGGAAACUUUCAAGGCCCAGGCCACAUUGUUCGAGCUUCAGCUUCCCACGUCCUUCGCGGCGUGGCGAGAUGCGACCAUAUUCGUGCAGUUAAAAGUCUUCGGUUGCCAGUACAAUAGCGACGGCGGCCGUCGCGAGGACAAAAACGAUCUCUUCCACUACCAGGCUCUCGCCAGGUAUCUCGUCUCGCCAUCAGGAGCCCAUCGCAUUGUUUUGUCAAGCUCGACCAAACCGCAUGUCGGCACACACAGGAAAACUGUCUCUGUUGACCUUUCUGUAACUGACAGUGAUGUUUGUCUAAACAACGGCAUGACAUAUCACUUUUUCGAUGCCGCAACCUCGACCAAGUCAGAUCUCUCCCGGCUUAAGCUUACGAGAACAAUGCCUGACGGCUGCACAUACAAGUCGAAGGUGAAAGCUUUAGACAAAUUCUUGUACCGGCCAGGCCCGAGGCCCGAGGGCCUCUCGUCGAACACUGUCAUCGCGAAUCAGUCUGAGGCCCCAGAUCACAUCUCGGUUGCCGAAUUCAAAGCCCUUUGCUCGCUACCGUCAGAGAACAAGCUUCAGUGGCAGAACAUCCUUCUGCAGCUUUCAAUGCCGGAAGUCGACUUUCGAAAAUCCGAGACGAGCUUUGCGCUCUGGCAGGUCAUGUACCAGGUCGGACCACCCUCAGAUAUGACCACGCGGGACGAAAAAGCCGAUUAUGAUCUCCGACAGAGCCAUUCAAUUGUCAGUGAUGACAUAUUCUGUCAUGAACUUAUCGGCCGUCUUCAAUAUGCCUGUGCCCGUGUGAAACAAAACUGGGAGUCGUGCCAGGCUUUGGCGAACUUCGCCGCCGUGGGCACGCGAGUGCUUUCUCUUUCUUCUUCGUCCGCCGUGCACAGUGCUUGUCUAGAGUUUCUUUCUGAGGCUCGCAAAACUGCCUUUGCAUGGCUGGAGAAGAUCAGAACAGAUUCCCAAACUGUCGCCCAAGAUUUUCGACAGGAGCUCAUGUCGAAAGCUUCCGAAAUUGGUCUCAUCUGCCUUUCCACCUUUGAUGUGGAAGAGCACCAUCUCAAGACGCUCUUGACCAACUAUCAAGAUGCAUCCUUGUUUGUACAGGCUUGUAUGAGCGUUCAAGAGUGUCUGCAACCUGGCACUUUUGCUAGUGGUUCAGUCAUGGCUCUCUUCGUGGCAAGGUGGAGGAGGCUCUGUCACCGCGCUCUUCCGCUGUUGACAAUAGCUGCUGGAGCGUCGAAGAACAACCCCUUCGAUCAUGCCAUCCAUCAGUACUGGCCAGAGUAUCAGGAAGGCAAAAACUGGGAACCUGUCAGCUUCGCGAAGUACUGGAUCGGUUCUAAAACCUCAGAGAUCCAUGGUCGAUCUCUGCCCGUGCAUUACAACCUUCUGACUGGCGAGCUACUGGUCAACGGUAUCCCAGUUUCACGAGUCUCCUCGGAGUACAAGGAGCAUCCAGCCUACCAGCUGCUAUUUGGUGAAAGUAUUUUGGAUGUCAUGCCUUCAAACUCCCCUGGAAUGCAGUUCUCUGUUAAAUCUCCGGUAUCUGGACACACGGUCAAUGUGGGCCUUAAAGGCCCUGACAACCAGGAUCUUAUCGUGGCUGCAGAGAAACAAAACAAAAGCAAGCAAGGAAAAUCAGUCACAUGGCAGCUUGUGCCCUCCAGGGUCUUUCACCUGUUGCUGCCUGUCUCUUUUGUUAACAAUCAUGUUCACUGGUACGACCCUUCAUCCAAUACGGUCGAGCUCCGACCUCUUGCGUCGCCGUGGACAUCUUCCCCGGAGAACUGGGUGUUGUCCAAGCACGGAGGCAGGUGGAAAAUACAGACUGCCACCCAUCAACUUGUUUCUCGAGCAAGUGGAGCUUUGAAAGCCAUGACAGAUAUCUUUGAUUCCCUCGAGGAUCUUCCAUACCUUCACGUCUCAGUUGCCGCAGACAACUCGGCUCUGGACGUUGAACUACCUAGACUGCAGCUUGGAUUUAGUGUCAGAGCCGGAUCUACUGAGGUUUACUCCCGGCAGUUUCGCGGGAUGUAUAUCGAUCCUUCACAAGCGAUUGACACAUUGACGGGACUUCGCAGCAAGCUCAUCCUCAUUAACAGCACUGGGGAUAAGCGAGCGAUCCUGAUCCCUGACGGUAAAGUCUCUUACUCUCCUUACAAGGACCAGAUGCACGUCAGGGCCACUCAUGUCCAAGUUUCUGUCGCCAAAGGCACCUCGGCACGAGUUCAUCGAUAUAGUAUCGACGAGCAGCUUGGCCGUCUGGUGGACAAUGGAAAUUUCAGAAGCAAGAUUUACAUUGCCUACCUCCAUGGCCUAACCUCCUUCUGUCUCCCGGACAAAUUGACCGGGUACACGGGCACCGAACAGGCGCUCAUGAUCCUGAGUUCAGCGGCAGCACGCUCUAUUUUCAACUUGUCCGAACCCGACGGAGGCCUGUUGCUAAACAUAGCAUCACUGACGCCGAUACGCCAUUUUUAUCCAGAAUCCCUCCGGGAAAUGCAACGGGUCCAAUGGGAUCGAAAUCUGGGUUUUCUUUCACAGCACAUCCUGUUUUACGAGAAAGUGAAAGUAUUGUUUCGACAGGCAGACCGCCAGCUCGAUAUCGAACCCGCUUUCGUCAAGUCACUGGUUUCUUCGCGCACUUCGAAUGCGGCGCUCACUGAGCGGGACAUGGUCAACUGCUCCUGGUCCCGAGUGCCCGGCUUUGGCGCCGAAGCUUUCACGACAUCACACGAUAGAGCCUACCAGAGCAGGGACCGUUUACGAGAGGAAGUCCGCUCCAAUGCGACUCUCGCAGUUUCGCAUGCGCUUUUCUUGGCCAAGCCGGCUUUGAUGGGCUCAUAUCGAACAAUCCAAGUCUCAUGGCUGUGGAACUUUUUCCUGAGUACUAACCAAGUCUUUGGGCCAGGAGUUGAGCUGCCAGCCGCCCUUUCUUACGACACAAUAUGGCUCGAGGGCAUCAAGAAAAUAGUCGCCCGACACUGGCUGGGGAUUCAUAAAGCCCUCAGGGAGAAGCGCUCCAAUUUUGGGGUAUUCCAGCUCAUGUCAUGGUUCUCGGCACUAGCAUUCACCGCUGAUCAAGACACACGUCCCAUGAUUGAGGUGCUUUUUGCCUUUGCUUCGAUCCCAGAGGUGGCUUCCGUCGCGCCGCCAGCCGACACGACCCAGUACAAUCUGUCUGCAGGUUACUCUGUCGUCCAGGCCCUCAUCACCAGUGAUGUUGAAAGCGGUGGUUAUGGCUAUAAGAACUCGCCCGAGGCCAAAUUACCCAGCCUUCCCGAUGAGGAUGAGGAGGAUGCAGACACGCGUCGUUGCAAAGAAUACGAGUGCAGCUUUAACUCCAAGAUCGCAGCCUUUGUCUCCUAUCUGACGUCGCAGUGGCCUUGCGAAGUGCCGACAGUGCCAUCAAAAAUCGACUGUGCCGGUUUGAGGACUUAUUUUAACGUCGAUAUGAUCAUGACAGCAGUGCGCUCAAGAUGGAAAAUUUGGUAUCAAAAUCACUUGUUCUAUGAAUACCUGACGAGUCUUGCUCAAGCCAUGUCUCGACAGUCGGUCGGCUCAGCGGCCAAGCAGUUGCCUCCGCUUCCAAAGCUCGCAGCGGACGACCGAGUCGCCAGCGAUAAGGGUUUCGCUACCACUGCAGACCUCUUUUCCCAGAACGAGCCGCCGGUCGUGACACCUGAAGACCGUCCUGUGCUGCGCCUCACUGUGGGCCUAGCCUGCGGCGACGGUAAUACACAGUCAACCUCACCUUGCAUCCGAUCAUUUUUGAAAGGUCUUAGGGUUGGCACAUGCACAGACUUUGAACGGAAGUACCGCAAGGACCUUGAUGCUAGCUUUCUCGCACUACAUGAUCUUGAUCUGGACCGAAAUGGCGGUGCAGAAAAUGGGCUUGCGACAGCUAAAAACAACGAAUUGCUACAGCAAUACUGGAACGAGUGCCAAGAUUACUUUUUGGUACAGCUCCGCUCCCUAGCUGCUUUCGAAAGUCUCGAAGGUCAAGAUGGAGCCUUGGUCAACAGUCCUAGAAUAUGCCGUACACUUUUCUUGUCCCAACUGUCAACUUCCAAUUGGAAACAGCUUCCUGCUGAGUGGAAGCCUGCAAUCAUCGAGUUCGCUUUGGCUCUUCACGAUCUUCAACGUGCUCGGAGGCUCCUGCGAGCAUGCUCCUCGGGCAGCUCGGUAGAUCUCGUCAAGGAACUGCAAAACAUUGCGCAUUCGAACUGGGAUCCUAUUGAAUGUCCUCAGGCUCUGCUUAUGGAAGUCGAGAGUGACAUCACCAUCCGUUCGGUUCAGUUUGCCAUUGCCCGGAAGAUGUCCAGUCCCCCGGAUGACCGAAACUCAGUGAUGCAGCUCAACAUGGGAGAAGGAAAAAGCUCCGUCAUCGUACCCCUGGUGGCUUCUUUCCUGGCCGAUGGCACUCAGCUGGUCCGCGUCAUUGUUGCAAAGCCGCAGUCGAAGCAGAUGUUGCAGAUGCUGUUGGCCAAGCUGGGCGGGCUGUUGGAUGUUCAAGUCCUUCAGCUACCCUUUUCGCGGGCCCUGCGUCUCGACCCGACCCAGGUCUCCGACUUAGCUGCGGAUCUCACAGGUUGUAUGCGGAACGGUGGCAUUCUCCUGGUACAGCCAGAGCACAUACUUUCCUUCAAGUUAAUGGGCCUCGAGUGUCUGAUCAAUGGCAAAGAAGCUAUUGGUCGCUCUCUCCUUGGGGGACAACAAUUCUUUGACAAAUAUUCUCGCGACAUUGUCGACGAGAGUGAUGAAAACUUUAGUGUUAGGUUUGAGCUGGUUUACACCAUGGGAACUCAGCGGCCGAUUGAUUACAGCCCAGACCGCUGGAAACUUAUGCAAAAUGUCAUCGAAGUUGUCAGGGAUGUUGCACCUUCGAUUGCCCAAGAGAUGCCAGCGUCUCUGGAAAUUCACAAUCAAUUCGGCAGAGGCAGCUUCCCUCGUAUUCGGAUCCUCAAGGCAGACGGCCAGCAGGCGCUUGUUCAUGCCGUAGCAUCUCGAAUAUGUGCUACGGGCCUUGCCGGACUGCCGAUCGCUCGUCAGAAUAAGGAGUCACGCGCAGCUUUGUUCACGUAUCUCACCAAGACCGAGCUUACUUCAACUGAGAUCAAGGCGGUCGAAGGUGUGAAGCAAGGCGGGUUUUGGUCAGAUGCUACCAAGGCACCACUUCUUUUGCUUCGAGGUAUCCUCGCUGGCGGAGUUCUGGGAUUUACCCUCGCUCAAAAGCGUUGGAGAGUCAACUACGGUCUGGACGCAACGCGACAACCUCCCACGCGCUUGGCUGUACCAUACCGUGCCAAGGACUCGCCCUCGCCUCGAUCAGAGUUCUCACAUCCAGAGGUCGUACUUCUUUUGACAAGUUUGAGCUACUAUUAUGGUGGUCUCAGCGACGAGGACCUCUUUAUAACCUUUGGCCAUCUUCUCAAAUCGGACCAACCCGACCAGGAGUACAACGCCUGGAUUGCAGAUGCACCUGAGAUUCCCUCUAGCUUCCGCCAUCUCGAGGGAGUCAACAUUAAAGAUAAGCCACAGUGUGUCAAGCUCCUCUUCCCAACUCUCCGGUAUGCAAAAGCUGCCAUCGACUAUUUCCUGGGACAUGUUGUGUUUCCGAAAUACAUCAAAGAAUUCCCAAGCAAGUUGAGUGCAUCGGGUUGGGACAUCGGACAGGUUAAAACACGACCUACCAGCGGUUUCAGUGGUACGAACGACGCUCGCGAGCUUCUUCCCCUCUCUGUGGCGCAUUUGGACCUCCCAAGCCAAAAACAUACCAAUGCGCUGGUCCUGGGUUAUCUUUUACGAGACGACAACCACGUGUCGCUCAUCCCACAGCGGACCACGACUGGCAGCGAUGCAGACCAGCUGCUUACCAUGGUGAUGGACAUGCAGCAAGAGGUGCAGGUCCUUCUAGAUGUGGGUGCACAGAUCCUCGAGCUAGGAAAUGUGGAGGUUGCGAGGCAGUGGCUUCGCAUGCAUCAGGAAAAGGGGAAUGCCUCGACCAAGCAGGCAUGUGUUUACUUUGAUGACGAUGACAAUCUCUGCGUGGUUGAUCUGCACGGCAAAACUGAGCUUCUCCAAACCAGCUCUUUUGCGACUGCGCUCGACGUCUGCCUGGUAUUCCUGGAUGAGGCUCAUACUCGCGGCACUGAUUUGAAGCUUCCCGACAACUACCGCGCCGCCGUCACAUUGGGGGCCAAUUUGACCAAGGAUCGUUUGGUUCAGGCCUGCAUGAGAAUGCGUAAGCUAGGAAAGGGUCAAACGGUCGUGUUUUGCAUCCCGCCCGAGAUCAAGGUCAAGAUCCUUCAGAGAGUUCACAAGGACGAGGAAGAUAGAAUCGAGCUGGCCGACGUUCUGCACUGGGCCAUCACCGAGACGUGGAUUGAUAUCCAGCGCAGCAUCCCGCUUUGGGCGGUCCAAGGUCGUCGUUUUGGCCAUCAGAAGCACCUUUGGGACCAGUCAAAAGAUUCGAACUUUGAUAUCACCACCAUGUCUCCCGCGCAUGCCAUCAAGUUCCAAGAGGACGAGGCGCAGACGAUUGAGGAUCUUUACAGGCCAGGUGAGCGAGACACAAAGCCUUGCUGUGCAGAUGCAUGCAGCCACGAGGGCGCGGCCAGCAUAGUCAAGCACUGCGCGCAGUUCGGCGAGGUCAACUUUGAUUCCGCCGUCCUGCAGGAAGAGCAGGAACGUGAGCUUGCUCCCGAGAUUGAGCAGGAACGGCAGGUUGAGCGUCCACGACCUGCAAAGCCGAUGACGCACAACCUCGACCCUGUCGUCGUUGCCUUUGCCAGGACAGGGGUUCUGCCGGCCGGGUCUAAGUCUUUCAAACCUGCCUUUAAGUCGCUGAUACUCAUCACUGCGGCCAAGCUUAUCCCCAAGCUGAGCGAAUUCCCCCAAGAUGUGCUCGUCACUUCCGACUUUGCCUGCACGGUCGAACUGGAGGCGACGGCCAAGCAGGACCAAUAUCUACGCCCCGUCAACUGGAUUCUGACUAGCACGGGUGGUGGAGGCGACACCUCAGGUAUUGUGAAGCACCUGGUCAUCAUCAGUCCUUUCGAGGCACAGGCUUUGGAGGCCAUUGUCAGGCAUCACGCCAAAACCACUCUGCAUCUGUAUGCACCACGCUCAACGCUUGGCUUUGCCAGCCUUGAAGACCUGCGUCUUUAUCCAACGCCUGCUCUUCCAGCCGAGUGGUCCGUGCCUAGACAUCUCAUCCUCCAAUUGAACCUCUUCGCCGGUCAACUCUACAUUUCGUCGUUUGCUGACUACACGGCCUUGUGUGACAUGCUGGGGUUGGAUUGGGAGGGCGGUGGGAAAGACGGAAUGGUGGUCUGCGCUGACGGCUUUGUCGACCCGGCACUGAACCCUGGAAAGACCCUCAAGCAUUCCUUCAAACAUAGCCCCGUCGGUUUUCUCAAGGUGUACCUGACAAAGGUCCGCCGCGACUGCGAGUCGAUCGAAAAGACCCAUAUGGGUAAGAUUUUGAACGCCGUUAUUCUACGACCUGAAGACUUUGAGUCCCCGACAGAUGAAUGUCGUGGCUAG